CUGGACGGCAGCAGUGUGAGGACAGCAGCCGCGCUAAGGAAAGCCACCGAGCAGCAGGCUGAUCGGAUCAGGGACGCGACGCACAGCGAGGGUCUGGAGUACAGCGUGGAGGUGUCCAUGCCCGACCACUUCCACCUCCCUCACACCGUUACCGUACCGCUGGGAGAGCACACCGUCGCAGAACGUGAACCAGGUAGCCACCGGCGGCCAUAUGGCCAACUGUUUCUUGAGCAUUUCAGGAAUAUUUGGUUUAAAGGUGACAUAUUAUACCACCAGGUGUGAGUGUGAUUAUCCGUUAUAAGCCGUUUUGAAAAUCUGCCCCUUCUGACAUCACAAGUGGGCGUGCUCACCUAGAUGUGUGCUGUAUAGAUCAGUCUACCAGCCUACCCAAUAGACUGUAGCAAACGUUCCUCAUCUAUCCGUCAUACAUCUAGGUGGACACGACCACUUGUGAUGUCAUGAUGUCAGAAGAGCAGAUUAUAAAUACGGCUUGUAAUGGCAAAGUUACCCUGUCACAGAAAAAAACAAUAGGGUUUGUACGUCGCAACUUCACAUCACCUCCAAUUCGGAAGCAUAGGAUUGUUACGCUAUUUAUUGUGUUGGUAGUCCGUGUUUUUAUGGUCAUUGUUUAGUCCUUAAUCGUGAUUUUUUUUUAAUUAUGGGAGGAUAAUGUUGUUUGUUUUUCUCAUGCAGGUCGUGGCCAAACAGUACUUUUUGACAGUACUAUAACUAUAACGCUCGAGUCCUCUCAAUAUGGCCAUCACUAUAUGGCUGUCACCAACAGAUUUCCCAUGAUGCAUUCUGAUGUACAAGCCCUAUAUACUGUCUCUGUCUGUGCCUCUGCGUCUCCCUGUUAGAAUGGGAGUGUGUAAGUGUGCCACUCGGCUUCCAGGCUGACGCAGCGGGCCGCUACAGGUGCCGGCUGGUGCUGAGGUCAUGGCUCGACACCAGAGUCUAUGAGCUGGACGUGCAGGUCACCGCACAGGUAGAAAAGAAAACCGCCCAGGAAGUGAUGUCAUCCCGGCUCAGCCUAUGACGUUCCAUGGUGUAACCCUAAUCGAGGAACUUGAUUACGUUUCAUUCACGUCCGUCUCUGUUCCGGUUGGCUUUUUUAUCACAGGCAAAAGAGUUUUUCUAACAUGUAUUUGUAGUUCUAAUAAAUCAAGUAUUUACUAUGUGUAUCUGUAGUUCUGUUUUUGGGGUUUCUGUGAGUGCUUUCUUUUUUAAUAUGUUGUUUGCUAACAGCUAGCUACGACCCAAGUGUGAUUAUUUUUGCUGUGUUCUGUGUUAUUAAAGUGGCUAAGAAUGGAGUGUUCUAUAUGUUGUUAUACCAAUAGUUAAUUACUGAUUCAUGCCUGCAGGGAGGACACGCCCACCUGGACUUCAGUUUGCCAGCUCACCAGUCAAUCACUCAAGGCAUCCCAUUGCACAACGAGACCAAACAGGCCUGGAGGUUGCGGGCUGUACUCAGUGGUUCUGGAUUCUGUGGCCCAGAGCGGCUUGACGUCCCAGCCGAGGAGAAGGCCUCCUACCCCCUGACCUUUAGACCUGCUGUGCAAUGCGUGGUCACGGGCAAGCUGUCGCUGUUGAACGAUUGUGACGGCACGGAACACACGUUCACCCUGCGAGGAGUGGGACAGCGCCCCCUGCCGGUGGACCACAUGGUACUACACUGUCAAGUGGGGCAGGUCACCCGGACAGAGCUCCGAGUCCCAAACUUCAGGCGGCACAAGAUCACCCUGCAGGUGGUCACCGACCUGGCCAUUGCGAGCGGCGGUACCUCCUUGGAGAUUAUGCCAGGUCGGACCGCCGCCUACACUCUGGCCAUGUCCCCGUGGAAACGAGGACGGACAUCAGGGAGUGUGUCGUUCGUCGCGACGGAGAAAGGGGAGGAGCCAGUGAACAACCCCGGGGACGUCUUCAGACCCUACGAGGUGUAUUUCUCCUUAGAGAUAUCCAGCAAGCCCCCUUCUCCCCUGGACAUCCUGAAUAUACAGAGCUCUGUUCUGGGGUCCUCGAUGGUGGAGCUGGCGGUCCGUCACCCCGCUGGGGGGGAGGUGGAUGUGGCCCUGGAGGGGGAGGGGCUGAGUGGGGAGCAGCGGGCCACGGCCCCCCCGCGGGGAACCCUCCGCUACAGGGUGACCUUCACGCCGGUCCGAGAGGGACGCAUGACCGGCAGUGUGGUGUUUCAGUCAGAGUCUCUGGGCGAGUUGUGGUACCAGCUGGAGCUGGUCGCUGUGAGUCCCCCUCCUUCCACACUGCCCCCCGUACACUGUGAGGUUGGGAGGUGGGUCAGACAGACCAUCGUCCUGGCGAACCCCACAGCAGAGUCUCUGGAGCUGAAGGUCGCUAACAGCAACCCCAAGAACUACAAGCUGGAGACGGAUGGGAGACACACCAUCUUGGUUGCACCACAGUCGAGCAGCAUGCUGGGUGUCCGUUUCAGACCCUCCUACCUGGGAGACCACAGAGCCCGGAUCACCUUCAGCUGCCCCCAGAUAACAGCGUGGUGUUUCUUGUUGAGUGGGUGUGGCUUCCAGCCGGUGAGCAUCUCCUCCGUGAUUGGUUCCCAUGCCUCGGUCAACAUUCCCUUCUCCAAUCCCACGGAGCACCCAGCCCUGCUCAGCAUAUCACUCACAGAUGAGGACCCGGGUGGGGCCUUCAGCGGCCCAGCAGUUAAAAGAGAUAAGCAGGUGUUCUGGGUCCCUCUCAGACGUACCCAAGGCUUGCGGGUCGGGGCCGGGGCCUGUUUGGACGUCCCGGUGGUGUUCGCCCCCGAGACCAUGAAACCGCAGCAGGCCUGGCUCUACAUCACCCUGCAGCCCCUCCUCCAGAGCCCGGAGCCCAGCGCAGCGUCCCACCAGCCCGACAGCACCAGGCCGGCAGAAAUCAAAGAGGGGAAAGCAGCCAGCGUCCGCUGGGCGUAUGCCUUCCGCGGCCUCCCUGGGCCGCCGUCGGAGACGGUGCCACUGCGGUUGGUCCAGUGCCAGGCGGGGGGCCGUCUGGAGGAGCCGCUGGAGGUCCGGCUCACCAGUGGCCGAGGCGCGGCUGGACUGGAAGGAGGAGCGGUGUGUGUGGACGACUUCCAGUGCGAGGUGCGUUGCGAUAAUGAGGAGCAGCGCCCCUUGGUGGACGAGUGCGUGGCGGUCUCCGUUGCGGCCGCCUGCAGAGACCCCGAGUCUGGCGUUGUAGCGCUCACCGCUAACCUGGUCUACACACCCCGGGGACCUCACAGGUGCUCCGUGUUCUUGGCAGUGCGGUGUGUGUCCGGCGCACACUGGACCUUUCCCCUCACACUGGUCGCCACGAAGAUGGGGGUUGAUGACGAUAUCGCCGUAACCGCGGCCGGUCCGGGUAUCAGCUCCACCGCGGGCCUCCAUCUGCACAACCCCAUCCGUGAUCUGGUGCUGGUCCAGGGUGCGGACAAGCGCUGGACCUAUGAGACCCAAGGGACUCUCCCUGAGCCCGGCCAGGUCUCCCCGCCCCGCUCCCCCGUAUCAGCCAACAGGAACCUUACAGCCCAGGAAGCAAUCAGCCCGGCCAAUAAACGCACGCGGAACUACGUCACUCGGAACCUUCGGCUGCCGGCGCUGGCAAACUCCUCCCCUUCUAAAGUGACGUUUCAGAGAUAAAACAAACAGCAGCAAAACAACUGUCUCAAACUCAUUCAUUACACAACUUUUUUAACCAAGUCAUUACUGAUGUUCAGGUGUUUGAGCAGAUGUGGGACGAUCCCCACAAUGCAUUGCAGCCAGAACCCCUGAGCAGUGAAACAUUUUACACAGUAUCCACGCUCAGGGUUAAGGUUCACCUGCUGUGCAUUAACCAACGCUUGACCCAAACUCCUCCAUUCUAUCUAUAGGGCUUGUCAAUCAAAAUGCAGCAUGGGAUUUUCUUGUUGCCAAUUUCUCCAUAUUUAUAGUCUUGCAUAAAAAACGCUUUGAUAGAUAGAUAGAUAGAUAUAUUUAUUUGUCAUUGGACAGAAGUACAACGAAAUUCAGUGCACUCACGUACUGGUCUCAUUUAAAAAGGUAAAUAGUAAAUAAAUAAAGAAAAUACAUUCAACAUUUCAUUCACUCACACUACAUUCAUGUCGUCAUACACUAUACCGUUUACUUAGUGCCAUUGUAUGCCUAAAAAAUAGUAAAAAAAUAUAGUAUGCCUUAAAAUAGUAGUACAAAUAUGUAAAAGUGCUAAGCAUUGCAUUACAUGUGGACGUCACGGAUUAAUACUGUCAGAGCUAGUGGAUUUAUUUUCAGGUCAGAGUUAAGUAUGGUGACUGCUUUCGGAUAGAAACUGUUUAUGAAUCUUGUGGUGCGUGUUCUGAUGGACCUGUAACGUUUCCCUGAGGGCAGCAGUUCAAAAAGAUAGUUGGCAGGGUGGUAGGAGUCUCUUUGGCAGUUACAAACCUAACAUUGUCUCCUCAGAACCCUUAAAUGUUGAAAGAGUGCACACGCCUUGAUAAGGACGUUAAAGACUUUGAGAAUAGCGGUCAAAUAUGCCCAAAGUACAGGAAUGGGUCAGAGAAAGAGGCAGUUCCCCCAUGGAAAUGGCCAGAGCAGCCAUGGGAGUGUAUUUAUAUAGAAAAAUUAUCUUACUCAUACUAACUAACUAUGAGUAGUACCACAUAUUCAGCGAAAGUAGUCAUUGAGUCUGUUUCCUGCAUAUUGGAUCUCUCAUGUGUGUUUUU